UUUGAUUACUCAUUGUUAGCUGAGAUCUCGGAGGUGCGAAGUCCUUCUUCGAAUUUUGUCACCGUUUGCCUGGUUGCUUCGUGGUGGCGGAGAAUCGACACUGUUUCGUCUGCUGAGAUCGUCUGCUAAGAUGCUGCAUCUGCUACGACGCUGCGUCGCUUCAUGGCAACAGAGAAUCCGUUGACACCAUGGAGGACAAAGGAACAGCUCGUUUUCCUCAAGUGUUUACGGGUUUGUUUACUAGUACGCUGACUGUCCCAUCGUGGACUUUAAAAGUCGGCAAACGCAAACCUGACCGUUAACCGUCUCCUGGUGUUAGCAUCUGUGAUAAAGCUGUGAUACUUCGCUCUGAAGUGGACUGAACAUCGAUUCAAACAUGAUCAACUACAAGAAGUGUCUCGGUGUUCGCUCGACAAUCUUACAACUGCUGCUCGCAGUCAGUUUGAUACAGUUGGGUUCCAAUCCGGACAGCAGUUCGACGCCUAUGAACAGCGUCCGAAGUGUGCGAAUGGGCGUUCAUUCGGCGUUCGCACAGACCCAACCCCUGGCCAGCCCGAUCUUCGUGCAUCCAAAGAGUGUCGAUAAUUUUUACUCCGACCGAAUUUUCGCCGAACUUCACGAACUGGGCCUGCCGUCGUUCUUAAGCCGAAUAAGGACCCGAGUGUUUGCGUACUUGGCAGAAGAUUCCGGACCACCGACUCCCGAAAAGACGUCGGACACUUCAACUGCGUCUGCAAAUUUUGCAGUCGCCGAUGAUUCACAAGACAGUGGGUCACAAGAUUCGCAAUCAUCGGUUGGGAACCUCACGCAAGAGGACAUGGACCUAAUCGAAAUCCUAUGGAAACAGGAUGAGGACCUCGGUGUGUCGAGAGACAGGUUCGAUUUCCGCCUGGCAGCCGAAAAAAAGCAGGACACGCAGGUCAAGGGGGAGUCUACAGACGGAGCCUUUGCUCCGACGGAUGACAAGCCCAGCCCUUCUGACCUGGAGGUUCCCACGGAGGAGGCCAAUCCGUGGGAAGGAUUUGAAUACCGCAUUGACUCCGAAACUGGAGAGCACGUUCUGGGAGCGGACGUCGAGAAGGAGAAAGAGGCGUCAGGGGGAAACUGGCCCCAGAUCAGUGAUGAGGACACAGCCUUCAGUCUUCCAGAAGAGGACAGGGAUGCCCUCUUUGCGGAGCUCGAUAGGAUCUUCGAGGGAAGUUCGCCUCAGGCGGCGGACCUGUACCAGUCGGACGAUUACUGGCAGACGCAGGAGAGGAUGCCGGUGCCCAUGGUCUCUGCUGCUCCCCCUGGCAACUAUUCCGACCCUUAUCCACCGUCAGGGGUGUUGCUCCAGAACGCCACGCUGGGUCCACCGCCGCUCACAGAUUUCUUUAUGCCCGGUGCUAACACUUUCGGCACCGCCAUGUGUUCUGAUCUGCCUGGCGGCAACAGUACUAGCGUCUGUGAAGGCCCGACGUACGGCAAUGAUUUUCCCGACUACUUGUAUCCCGGGAAUGGAAGCAGUUGCAGCGGACCCCAGCCUGACUUCCUGUCGGCUGACUUUCUAGCGGACGAGGACCUGCACCUGAUGGACUUGAUGGCGUCUUCCACGGAGAUGAGCAGCGUCCCCUACCCUGUGGAGCUGACGGUGGCGGAGGACCGUGCGGACAACAGCAGCGACACUGGCGUCUCGUCCAUGUGUUCCGAACGUGUGCCCUCCAUCACCGAUGAUCAUGAGUGGUUGGACUCUGGGUCGGAGGCAUCGUCCCACACCAGCGGUGACGUGGACAGCUACCAUUUCCCCGGGGCUCAAAAGAAGUACAAGCUAUAUGGGCGCAAACCUUGUUUCGCAACGGGCGAAGCAGAAGUCCUCGCACCCUUUGGCUCCUACCCGUCAGUAUUUCCGAGCCGGCAGCCCAGCCACCAUUCCAGCGCCCGCAGGCACAGCCACAACAGCACGAGUUCGUCCAACAGCUGCAGCAGCCUGGACUCCGAGGACGGGCACCCCCUGAAUGGCUUCCUCGGUACGGACAAGGCGAGCCUUCCCUCUCCGAUCCACAGCCUACGGCCUCAGGCCCCCCGUCCCCUCUACGCCCUGCAGCACAACGAGCCACUGAAGAUAUCCCCUCCCAGACUGGCCUAUCAGCAUGGCAUGGCCAUACAGCACAACCACUCUUACUCCGCCGCCGAGGACGUUGUAGGGACGAGCAGCCACUCUGUGUCGAGCGAUGGCGAGCAGAGGGGGAGGAGCAUGGACGACAGCGCGGAAGAGCGUGCCCGGGCAUCAAGGGACGAGAAACGAGCUCGUGCGCUCGCCCUGCCCAUCAGCACUGAGGACAUCAUUAAUCUCCCAAUUGAAGAGUUCAAUGAGAAGCUGGCCAAGUUUGAACUGACGGACGCGCAGCUGGCCCUCAUUCGAGACAUACGGCGACGCGGGAAGAACAAGGUGGCAGCCCAGAACUGCCGCAAGCGCAAGCUGGACCAGAUCUGCUCCCUGCAGCAAGACGUGGAGCUCCUGCACCUGGAGAGGCAGGAACUGGAGGUCAGGCACGAGUCCCUGCAGACGACGCGGAACACCGCCCUAGACAAGUACAGCAGGCUCUGCCAGCUGCUCUCCAAGAGUUGCGAAGACUUCGGCGACCUGCGCCUGCCCGCCAACGGCACGACAAACUGUGUGUCCGUUUCUUCCGCGGUGAACGGUGGUGUGGCCCGUUCGGGAGAGGAUGAAGUGAAAGGGGCAAAGGCCAAGCGCAGGCUGCAGGAACAGUGAGAGAGAAGGUCACGGCCAAUGGAACGUGCUGCUCAAGUGACGCCCCCCGAGGCUGUUGUGUUGUUAACGCCUCGAAGAAGGAUAUCCGAGACUUGCGUGGAGCUACAAUUUUUUUUAUUUUUUUAAAUAUUAUGAGCAGUUACGUUGUUCCUUCUUUUUCUUUUUCUUUUUUUAACUCCGUUAAAGCACGAGCAUUGUGUUGGCUUCAAGCCUGAAUUGCUUAGCCGGAGCCGAAGCCAAAGCCUUAUUGAAGCCGACGUGUAGUCAAGUUUGAAGCCGAUUCGAGUCAGAAGUUAAGCCAUAUAUCAGCCAUCAGAGAGUGUCUUUAAAAGUGCAAUUCUUUUCUUCUUUUAUUUUUUCUUGCUGAAAAGGCUCUGAUGCAUAUGUUUUUGCCAACGUGCAGACGACACUGGGUUUGAAGUUUGAAGCCGUGCGAGAUACAGUGAAGUGUUGAUAGUGAAAGUGUUUUUUUUUGUUUUUGUUUUUUUCCCUCUCGAUUUUCAUGAGUGUCUGUUGGUCAUUGUAUACGAGCCCAAACAUAGAACGACGAGGACAAAUGAACUAUGGUCUGAUCUCGUACCCGCGUUUGUGUCACGCUGCAGGACAGUUUGUUGCAAGGAUUUCCACCGUGCGCACGUUUAAUGCCUGCAGAGUUAAUUUAAGCCUCAACGGUUGUUGUCUGUUUAAACUUUUUGGGCAUUUAAACGAGCAUCAGCUUAGGCAUGAUGGAUUUUGUGACUUAAAUGACGUGCCUUCCUUAUUUCUGGCGGCAUAUGGCUGCCCUGUAUAUUUUCACAUCUGUACAAACUCAUCACUAGACUAGGGGAGUUUUUUUUUUUUUUUACGUAUCGAAUUUCAUUUUGGGGCAGCGAGGUAUGCUUCGAGGGAUUCGUUUUUGGGUGUUGCCUUUGCGGUAAAAUAAAAGCGUAUUUUUUUGCGGGUGUGGAGGGUAGGGAGAGUUGAGAAAAUGAUUUUAUGGUUCUGAAGCAAGCUGUACAUUAUUUAUUCAUAGCCAUCACACUGGACUGAACCCUUUUGACUUAAAAUAAUUUGCGCUAAUAAAAUAUAUUAGUGGACA